AUGGCGGAGUUUGACGACCAACACAGUCGAGUUCCCGAGUCGGUCUUUUUAGGCGUGCUAUGGGCUCUCACAGGCACAUCGUUUCUAUUUGUCAUAUUCCGCAUUUAUGCCCAACUUGCCUCAUUCCGUCGAGUAUUCCUAGAUGGCUACCUUGUUGUCUUCGCAUGGGUCAUUAUGCUCACAGCCGCAGUCAUCUGGCAAGUCGAAGGGAAGGUCCUUUACGAGUUGUAUGCGAUCAGCACUGGGACAAAGCCAUUCAAUCUUGAAUUCCUACCGAGGUACAAUACAUUCAUGCGAUUCAAUGCUCCACUUCAGAUACUAUUCUAUUCGGCGCUGUGGUGUGUCAAAUUCUCGUUCAUGGCACUCUUCUAUCGAAUCAGUGCCAAGGUCAGGUCUCUCCGUAUCUGGUGGUUCGUGGUCCUUUUCUGUACAGCGAGUGUCUACAUUGCAUCGGUGGCCGAUAUCGAAUACAAAUGCAGUUUGGGAGGGUUGGAGUAUAUCAUCACCCAAUGCCCCCAGCCUCAUCACGUUCAUUACGAGAAUCGCAUGUUUUGGGCCAACUGUGCUGGAGACGUCAUCACAGACUUGAUGAUCCUGUCCAUUCCCUUCCUUGUGCUAUGGAAGACACGAAUCUCGCUGCGAAAAAAGCUCAUUUUGCUCAGCAUUUUCUCCGCAACUAACUUCAUCAUGGUCACCGCUAUAAUCCGGGUGACAGUCGGGAUGAACUAUGACCGUCAGAUGAAUAUCGACUGGCUAUGUUUCUGGAGCUUUGUUGAGGUGGAUGUUGCGAUUAUUGUCUCCUGUGUCGCCUCCCUCCGACAACUCUUCGUCGCCUCACAAAAUCAGAGCUCGUCUGCUAAGGCUGCGUACCAUGAUACAAACGAACCCAUUUUGAAAAAGUCGAAGGAGGGGUCUAGCCAAGAUCUGUCGCGGUCUGUGGGGGAUGUCGAGUCACCCGCAAAUGACGAGGCGCCCAUGUCGCCCCUGAGCAUUGUACACGUUCGUCAAGAUUUUGAAGUGACUCGUGAUAAUGCAAGUCAGUCUGCUAAUGUCUACUUUGCAAGCGAGGUUGAGGCCUUCUUGCUAGGGCGCGUUAAAUUCUGCGACGCUGUCACCCCUUCGACCACCAACGCUGAGCCCGAAAUCCGCCAAAUCCGGUGGAAAGAUCUUCCUUAUGACAUGAAACGUGUCUAUCUCCGCCGCAAGCUUCAGAUCCAUGGUUACAGCCAAUGUGGAUGGUCGAGCCUGGUACAUAGGAUACUUGACCUCCCUCAUCAGGGAACCGAAACUCGUAUCAACCAGCUCAUUGAUGGAUACCUAUGUGGCGGGUACACCGGAUAUCGCAAACUGCUCGACCCUGCCUUGUAUGCAGCAAAACAAAACGAACCCGUCUCUGCUCGCCGAAUCAAAGCAAUGUAUUGGCCACCCGAGGAAUUGCAAAUGACAUCGAAGUAUGCCAUAGCAGCGAGUGCCAUUCAAAGAGGAGACUGUAUCCAGCUGCAGAGACUCCUUGAUCAAGGAAUCCACAUUGCAGGCUACAGUGACCGACUGGCCCUUGUUCCGCUCGAUGUCGCUGCCAAAAAGGGAUCUAAGGCGACCAUAGAGCUACUUCUAGCACAUGGUUGUCCAAUGACGUAUCGCAGUCAUAAGGAUCGUCAUAACUCCAUGUUUGAUGAGACCAGAGUCACGGACACGAUGGCGGAAAGUGGCAAUGACAUCGGGUUAAAGGUGUGGAUUGAGUACUUGGUAAAGGAGGGACCAAUGUAUCCGAAGCUUUUGAAGCGGACGAUGGUAAGGGGAGUUGUGGGUGGGCAUGUUGAAGUUUUGAAGCUUGUCCAGGAGAAGUACGAAGCCCUGUACGGUAAUCCUGGAUGGGGUCCUCAUAUGCUUGACCAGGCCAUCAGGUCUGGGUCAUUGGACGCAAUUAAGUAUCUGUUCCAUCGAGGUGAGGUGGAUGCGCACACGCGAACAAGCCCGUCAGACAGAAGGCCGCUUUUGAAACUGCUGCAUGAAUGUCCAAUUCAGAAGAGACCAGAUAUUGUUAGGUUUCUUCUUGAAAAUGGGGCACAUCCGAAUGGGAAUAACCCGCCCAAGAAAAGAACACCCUUCGAAGUGGCCGUCAAGGAAGAAGAUUUUGAAUCUGCGUCAAUUCUAUUGAAGUAUGGAGCAGCUGUCAACUUCAAAAGGAUGAUGCCCUUGCUACUGAAGAGUAGCGAGCAGACCUGUGCCGCUUUGACUCAGCUGUUAUGGCCUGGAGACAGUCGCCGAGUAUACGAGUGGGGAGGAAAAUUAUAUGCUCUCUGUCGUGAGGCGAAGAUGAUAAACAAUGUUGAGGAUGUUUUCUUGGAACUGGGGUGGAGCGAACAAGAUGUGAAAGGCUUGGGGAUUGAUCAUUUUAUCGAUGUAUGGUAG